AUGUCCGAACGAGGAUCGUUCCGAGGGGGCCGUGGUGGUGGCCGCGGAGGCCCGCGCGGCCAGCAGGGCUCGCAGCAGAAAAGUGGCGGUGGUGGCGGUGCGCAGGAGAAGCCCAAAAAGGAAAAUAUCCUCGACCUCAACAAGUACAUGGAUAAGGAGGUCCAAGUGAAGUUUAAUGGUGGUCGCGAGGUCUCUGGAACCCUCAAGGGCUACGACCAGCUCAUGAAUCUGGUUCUCGACGACGUCAAGGAAUCUAUGCGUGAUGACGAGGGCAACCAAACAACCCGCUCGCUGGGCCUGAUCGUGGCGCGCGGCACUCUGAUCGUGUUGAUCUCGCCCGCGGACGGCAGCGAGGAGAUCGCCAAUCCGUUCGUGCAGCCCGAGGAGUAA